UGUUGGUUUCCGGGUCGGAUUUUGCCACCGGAUUCAAACCCUAGAAAAAGGCAAAUUCCUUCUUGAAAGACAAGCAAAAGAACUUCACUUCUUUUCAGCCAAAAUCAAACGACAUCAAACAGCGAGAGAUCGGACACUGCAGAGGAAGUCAGCCAUGGAUCCAAAGCUCACAGAGGUUUCGCAGCUCUUUGAGCGCUUCAAAGCCGCGAUUUUACGCAAGGAUUUCAAUACCUGUACCAAUCUUCUUUCUCAGCUCAAGGUCUUGCUGACAGCAUUCAGAAGCCUUCCUCCUUUGUUUGAAGAAACGCCGAACGCAGUUCAUGAACUGACAAUAGCAAGGGACAUUUACGAGCAUGCUGUUGUUCUGAGUGUGAAAGUUGAGGAUCAAGAUGCGUUUGAGAGAGAUUUCUUCCAAUUGAAGCCUUAUUAUACAGAUGCUCGUGACCGGAUUCCACCAUCCCCCGAGGAGUACCCAAUCUUAGGACUCAACCUGUUGAGACUCCUUGUGCAGAAUAGAAUUGCCGAGUUUCAUACUGAAUUGGAAUUGCUCUCAUCUAUUGCUUUGGAGAACCCAUGCAUCAAACAUGCUGUGGAGUUGGAGCAAUCCUUCAUGGAGGGUGCUUAUAACCGUGUAUUGAGUGCUCGGCAGACAGUACCUCAUGAGACUUACGUCUAUUUCAUGGAUCUCCUGGCGAAGACAGUUAGAGAUGAGAUAGCUGGAUGCAGCGAGAAGGCAUAUGAUUAUCUUUCAAUCAAUGAUGCACGUCAAAUGUUGCUGUUCACAUCUGACCAAGAACUUCUAAAGUAUAUCGAAGAGGAGCACAUCGAGUGGGACGUAAAGGAUGGUUUAGUGGUAUUCCAGAAGGCAAAAGAAUCUUCACCUUGCAAGGAGAUUCCUUCCCUGCAGCUCAUCAACCAGACACUCAGCUAUGCAAGAGAGUUGGAGAGGAUCGUGUAGAGCCAGCUGCCUAUGUCGUGUCUCGUGCUUUCAGACGCAAUACUCCAUCAAAUCGAGGCCGAGUUCCUUUAAAUCAUUUCCUUUGUAUUCUCAACUUGGUCGCUUUGGUGGCACAU